AACACAGACACACACUGCCACUCAUACACAUACUCUCACACAACUUCCCCUCCCAGUGAUGCUGCAGUUACAGCUUCAGAAAGGAAAUAAUUUCCCAACGAGGAACAAGCACGCAGAGUUCUCAAAUUCAGCUCAAAGUGGUUGAACAAUGGUACUGCUGAUGAGAUUUGGAAAGAUUCUGUUCCUUUACCUUCAAACUGCCGGCCUUCACAUAGCAGGCUUUGCUGCUCAAGAAUGUACUGUAACCAUCAACCAAGAACCUUUCAUUGAAGGACACUUGAACAACAGCAUAAUCAUCAGCUGCAAUUUCACUCCUAUCAAUUGCAAGGGUAACGUUAAAGUGCUGUGGUUCAGGAUCAACACGAACAAAACGAUAAAUUUGUGUUCGGGAGCCUGUUCAAACACAUUGACUAACCAGAGGUUUACUCUGUCCGGUUCGAGUUCCAGAGGUAAUGCCUCCUUGAGAAUUCAACAUGUGACCAAAACUGACAGUGGCAUGUAUUAUUGUGGCGUAGCCUUUCAGGGAUCCUCUUCAGCCAAGUCCAAACAAACAGGAAAUGGUACAAUGCUGGUGGUCAAAGAAUCUACUGGCAAGGAAUCAGAUCUAUGGCUCCAAUCAACGCUGAUAAUCAUUCUCUCCCUAUACAGCAUCAGCAUCACCAUUCUCCUUGUACAAACCAUCAGGCUGAUGCAAAAGGCUAAUUCCGUUCAAAAUCACAGCAGCAACAUUCUUAAUGAAGAGCAGAAGAGCCAAGCUUUCAAAGACCUUGCACUGGAGUUCAACAGAAAAUACAGAAAUAAAAACCAGAAGGCAACUUUACAAGAGACACAACCCAAUUGUGCUCAGUACGAUGACACCAUCUAUCAAAAUGCCUGAGGGUUCAAUCACCAAACAAGAGAGAUGAACGUACAGUUCAGAGCACUACAAAAAAUCUGAAUAAAGGUAACAUAUAAUGACACCAGAUGGGCUUCUCUCCCAAACAUUUUUUUCAAGUUGGUGAUAAUGGACUUUCACUUAACUAGAAAAGAAACUAAAGGAGAUUCACAAUCAACAAGUUUCACCAUCAGGCAACAAUGCAGAAGGGGAUUUUGAUCUGCGUUUAAUCCAGGAAAGGGUAGUCUUUUUUUUAAAACUCUGAGAUGCUCACCUUGUCAUAUCCGGACAACAUUGCUUUCCUAUACUUCAACCUACCCUUUGCACUGGUUGACUUCAGACCAGUACCUGAAGCCUAUUAUGAAUUGCUAACCACCAAUGCAGGUCAGAUUGGUCAACGCCAAAAUUUUUGUUUCCAGGGUCAAUUUGCCUUCCACAGUCAGAGGGCUUUCAUUUUUUUCCAACAGAAACCUUAGGCACAGCUACAACAACACUCAAAGCUCAAAACCAUCCAAGACAAAGCAGUCCGUGUCCAACACCUUAAAACAUUCACACCUUCCACCACUAGCUCACGGUGACAACGACACGUACCAUCUACAUGAUGCUCUGUAGUAACUCACCAACCCUCCUUUGACAGCAUCUUCCAAACUAGUGACCUCUACCACCUAGCAGAACAAGGACAAUGGGCACAUGGGAACACACCAGCUGCAAGUACACCCACUUGGUUGACACCAUCCUGUCUUGGAACUACGUUGUUGUCCCUUCACUGAUGCUGGGUCAAAAUCCUGGGACUCCCUUCCUAACAGCACUGUGGGUGUACCUACACUGCAUGGGCUGCAGUGAUUCAAAAAGGCAGCAGACCCCAAACUUCUCAAAGCAAAUUCAGGAUGGGCAAUAAAUGCUGGCCCAGCCAGUGACACCCACAACUGAGAACAAUGUUUUUUUUGAAAGAACUUGAGAGGACAAAACUUCGACUACAGCAGCCAUCACCUGGCCACGUCACAUGAUCAGGCACAGAAGAAUGCGGAGAACCUAGCCUCUGCUAACUGGAAGUGUCACUAAGAUUUCAGUAAAGUGCAGUGUCGAGCAACACAAUUAA